AUGUCAGAGCCGAUUCCGGAAUCCAUUCCCACAAGUCAAGACCCCCAAAGCAAACGCCCCACGAAACGGCGGGCCCUUACACCCCUCUCAGAGCAAGCACAUGAGAUAAAAACGCUGUUUAAAGACCCCUCAAAAGAAAUCAGGUUACCGGAACCAUCGAAACCAAAGACCCUUGCUCCACCGCCGGAAAUAAUAGCUAAUGUCCAGGGAUCCUCCGCGGGAGCUGGGUCGGGAGAGUUCCAUGUCUACAAGGCUAGUAGGAGGCGAGAGUAUGAACGGAUAAAGCUUAUGGAGGAGGAGCUAAAGAAGGAGAAAGACGAGAUCGAGUUCAAUAAAGCGAGGGAAGAAGCUAGGCGGAAGGAUGAAGAGAAGACUGAGAAGAAUAGGAGGAAAAGAGAGAAGAGGAAGAAAGGGAAGGGGAAGAAGGGAAAGAGUGGUGAUGAUGAGGACGGAGGAAACAAUGCUACUGAUGCGGCUGUCAAGGGACGUGCUACGAAUGAGGGUGCUGCGCCAGAGACUAAGGAGGACGGACAUGAGAACGGUGAAGUCCCUGGCGUUAUUAUACAUGAUGAGGAUUGA